AAAAUCAUAAGCGAUUUGUUCUAGACCAGUUUACACACUUCUACAUUUUCCAGAGACACUACUAGUGACCAGCUGUGACCACUUUUCACUUACUCAACCGUUGAUCUCAAUGACAAAAAUUGCACCUUUGCUUGACGUAACACAAAACUCUAGCUUGUAAUUGCACGCACACACAGAUUUCCACUCUUUCCUUCUUCUUCUCAUGACAAUUUUCUCCGAAGAAUUAUCAUAAAAUAUCAUCCAGAAAUACAAUGAAUUCAUCAGCCAGUCUUCAAAAUUCGCUUCCCGAUGAUAUUGCCCUCAAAAUUGCUUUGUCGCUUCAGGUAUCAGAUGUUUGUUCACUGGGCAGUUGCUCAAGGUUCUGGCGCGAGCUAUGUGGGUCUGAUCAUGUCUGGGAGGCUCUGUACAGAGAUAGAUGGCCUGCAAUUGAUUUAGGUGAGGAAUCUUCAGCUGAUGAGAACGGAAAUCAUCAUCUUCAUCAACAGUUGGACCUCAAUUUAAUGGGAUGGAGGGGGUUGUACGCACAUAAGCACAAUGAGAUGGCACGGAAAGCUGCCUCUAUAUUUAAUUAUGUGGAAAGAUGUUUAGCAUUUGAAGCAAUUGAGGUUGGAUAUUACUUAAAAGCAGUUGAAGACCUAUCUGCAAUGCAGUUUGGAUUUAAGGACGUCCAGAUGUUUUUUCUCAGACCAAACAUCAAUGUGCUUUUCAACUUGAUUGGCUUGCAUUAUUGCUUCAGUAAGCUUGACUUGCCGGCUGAGUGUGUUGCAGAAGCACUAAGCAUGUGCAGGAUUUCAGAAAGGCAAGUAUGUGUCAGAUGGUGGAAGCUUGGUAGAUGGUUCUAUGGCUUUCGCCUGAGGGAUGAAUCACUUUCUCGUAAUGUUACUUUAGGAGAUCUUGCAACAUCCAAAGAAGAAGAAGUUCUCGGGGUGCUUCAUCGAGGUGCAAUUCAUGAGGUAUUGCGUGUUCAGAUCUCGGCUGCAAAACCUGAAUGCACUCCCUGGUAAUUCCAAAGUGCAGAAAGUGGGAAAGAUUGAGCACAACAAAUGCUUACAUCUUUUAUAGUAUUUCUUUGCUGGUGCCCAUGUGACAAUAUUUGUGAUGAAGACUGCAUUGUUUCAUAGUUGUGGAAGAGAAAGUUCCAGUUAAGGGGAUCUUAGUAUUACCACUCCCUCUUUGAGCCAUGUUUGCCAGGAAUUUAUAGCUGUGCCAGGAGAGCUACUGCCUUUAGUUAUGAAUAUAUAUUUUGUACAAAAUCCAACAGAAGCAGGAAUAAAUUUGUUCUGGCUCCACCUAGAUGUAGCUGAGGAAGAUAUCCAAGGUCCAAAUUCUGAUGCUGAACCCACAUCCACGCUUAACAAGCAUGAAGUGCUUAGAGUUGGACGAUGUAAAGGCUCUUCCCAUGUUUCUGCCUGUAAAUAGUUGUUGAAUGGUGUCACCUGAUAAUAAAGAAGAAAUUAUGUCUCUUUGAGAA